AUGAGCCUGGAGAGCGAGCAGGAGGAGGAGGACAUCCCGGCUCUCCCCGAGCCCGAGGCCUCCGAGCUGAGGGCAGCGCUGCACGCGCUGAUCCACCCGCACCUGGCGGUGCUGGAGUCGGUGAGGCACCACCGCUCGCCGCUGCUGGCUGCGGGCGUGCAGCAGUUUGACGAGAAGACCUUCAAGACAUGGGGCCGCCACCACGAUGAGCAGUUCAGGCAGCUGUUCCUGCGCUUCUUGGCGUCUGUGCUGCAUGGCUACAAGGACUUUGUGAUGGAGGAUCAUUUUGAGGCGGGCAAGCUGGUGUUUGACAAGCUCAGCUUCCUGCUGCGCCGCUCCGAGCUCUACGACCACGCCACCGAGCCCUUCAUAGAGGCGAUGCUGUCAACGCUGGGGUGGCACAACUUCUUUGAGUGCGAGCUGGCACACUCACCGGACGAGCUCACGCAGUUUGACGCCAUCAUGCAGCGUGCACACAACAAGGACCCCCAGAUUACCCUCCCCCCGCUGCCUCCCACGGAGUUUCUCACCGUAGACAUCUACCAGGCGCUGCCAGCGGCGAAGCGGGGGGCAGUGGGGCGGUAUGUGUACCAGCGCUUCCCCAACAAUGAGAAGGCGGGCGGCGAGCAGGAGGCUAGAAGUCUGGCGGUGGAGAAGGCCAUGAGGGCGUGGCUCAAGGAGCGCCGCCUGGGCCGCACGCGCAGCUCCAAGGAGCGCGGGGCGCAAAGGGAGAUGAUGAAGGUGGACACUCAAGUGCGCCUCUGUCAACUAUGGGACCAACUACGAGGGCUCCCUCCGGGCGAGCACCCCAUGGGAUCAGAGCACUACGGCACCAUCUACGGCAUGAUCGAGUCGGACCCGGAGGGCUUUGGGGGCUCCAGCUUCCUCGCGUGCCUGGAGGAGAACAUCACCAUCGGGUGGUCGGGCGAGCUCACUCGCGAGAUGUUCAUGGCGUGUCGCGAGCUGAUGCUGGUAGCAGCGGCGAGGGCGGGGGAGAGGAGGGACUACCAGGUGGCGGGGGGGUUGUUGGAGAUAGCGGGGCGCAUCUACUUCCGCGACGAGUUCGGCAUGCUCGACUUCAUGCGCCGCUACCUCGGCUCCCUGCACGUCUGGCAUUCGCAGGCCCUGUGGGACGAGCUGUUUGAGCAGCGCAUGCAGGAGCUUGGAGAAGAUUCCUUUGGCAACUACUCACAGAUGGUCAUGCUUACACUCAAGGCCUGCGCCUUCCACAUGGUGGAGCUGGGCAUAGCGGACAAGGAGACGUGGAAGAUGCUGCUGCACCUCGCCAGCGAGCACGGCCUGCGGGAGAAGCGCCAGAACCUCCUGCGAGGGCAGCUGUCGCUGAUCCAGCUCAAGUUCCGCUUCUAUGGCCCGCCGCGCCUGGCGCUGAUGAUGGCGCUGGCGCCACGCAUCGCCCCCAAGAUGGAGCAGGCCGCGCGCCUCAAGAGCGCCUCCACAGCCGGGGGGGUUGGGGCAGGGGCGGACGGCAUGGCGCGAGUGGAUAGUAAUAACACGCUGGAGGGGGAGGGGGGGGGCGCGGUGCAGCAUAAGGGUCUGGCGCGGAGUAAGAGCAAGGCGGGGCGGCGGGGCGUGAACUUUGAUGUCGGGGGGAAGGGUGUGCCGAGUAGCACGCCCAAGGGGGGAGGUGCAGGGCCGACGAGUCCGAGGGGACGGGGCAAGGCGGAUGGGCUGGAGCGGCGGACGGACCGUCUUAUGAGAGCAGAGCCGGUGCAGCAGGCACGGAGGGAGGGCGAGGCGGGCGUGCGUGUGCUGAGGGGCCACAGUGCAGCGGUGACAGCACUGCAUGUGGGGUCGGUGAGCGACCUGGGCGACCUGCUCUCCGGCUGUGAUGAUGCCGGCUACUUCGUCUCUGGCUCUGCUGACCGCACUGUGAAGCUGUGGAGUGCCAACCGCGUGGGGGCGGAGAUGCGCGCCACCAUGCGCGGCCAUGAGGGCACAGUGCGCGCCAUCUCAUCAAACGCGAGCAGCAUUCUGUCGGGGGGAGACGACUGCAAGGUGUUGCACUUUGACAAGCGCACCUCGCUGCCCCUCGCCACUCUCGACGCCCACACCGCUCCUAUCUCCUGUGUGCGCUUCCUGUCUGGCUUCGCACGCAGUGCGGCGGUGACAGCAGGUCUCGACGGGCUGGUGGAGGUGUGGGACAUGCGCUCGCACCGCCGCGCGCUCACCGUGGCGCAGCCCGCACAGGGCGCUGCAGUGCUGUGCCUCAGCUGGCACGAGGACGCGGGGGGGCUUAUCGCCACGGGUCACACUGACGGCACGGCGAGGGUGUGGGACAUGAGGGCGGGCAGGGAGAUGCAUUUCCUGGAGGCGCACAGCAACUGGGUCAGCUGUGUGUUGGUCAACAAGGACAUCAUCAUCACGGGCAGCCACGAUUGGACGGCCAAGAUCUGGUCCGUGGAGACGGGCGACUGUGAGAAGAUCCUGACCGCGCAUGGCGGCGCAGUGAGCACCAUGGACUACUGCACAUCAUCACAGCGCCUCGCCACCGGGUCGGCGGACGGCAUGGUCCGCAUCUGGAAGAAGGAGGAGGACCAGUACAUCCCUCAGGAGACGAGUGGGUCGUCAUCAUCGGAGGCGGUGGUGGCGGUGAGGCUGAUGGACGAGGUCACAGGCGUGGCCACGGCCAGCAACCAGCUCAUGUUCCUCGAAUUCACCGACGCUGAUGGCCGCGUUGGCGGCACCGGCAGCGGCGGCGGGGACCCGUCCACCUGGGCUGUCAGCAAGAUGGUUUCCAACAUGCCCGAUGUGGUGCGGCAUGUGGCAGUGGAUUUGGACUAUGGCCGCAUGUGCAGCGGCUCGCACACGGGCGCCAUCCGCAUUUGGGACGCAUUCCCUGAGGCUGCAGGGGCGGCAGCGGCGGCUGUUGCAGCAGGACUGGGAGGUGUGCCGGCAGCAGCAGCGCCCAGCAAGUACGACCUCACUGGCGUGUGGGACAGCUUGGACACUUCUGCGGCGCCGGGCCGCGUGGAGGACGUCGAGGUGCACGCGCUCGAGUGCCGCUUAGAGCUGCUCAACGCGCAGCGCGAGCUCACCGCCAUGCGAUGCCAGCAGUUCAUCCGCUCGCUGCGCGACUCGUUCGAGGAGGCGGCUGCGUCUAACGCGAAUACUCCAUCCGCCAAUCUUUCCGCUUACAACUGCAACGCAACGUUCACUGAGAGGAGAUGGAGCGGCGCCGAGAGUCCCUCCCCGCGCGCCGAUUGCCAUAUAAGCGCCGCGUCGAACGGCGCUUCGUGCUCCGCGGUGGAGAUUAACUCGGAGUCGGAGAGUACAAGCUCAUCGAACGAGGACAAUUCAGACGACGAGUUCGAGCGCGCCAAUCGACGAGCCUUGGCGUCGCUCUCGUCCUCGCGAAGUCCCCACUCCGGCGCCACGUCAUCUUCCUCCAUUCCCGGUGGAAACCCAAGCGUGCGAUUCGCGUUCUCUAAGCCGCUCUGCGAGUCCCCGGUGGAUGCAUAG